GGGAGGAGCGUGUUCUCCGCCAUGAAGCUCGGCAAGAACCGGCCCCACAAGGAGGAGCCCCUAAGACAAGACGAACCAGCGGUGCUGGAGAUGGAGGACCUUGAUCACCUGACCAUUCGACUGGGGGAUGGGCUGGAUCCGGACUCUGUGUCCCUAGCCUCUGUCACUGCUCUCACCACCAAUGUCUCCAACAAGCGAUCUAAACCAGACAUCAAGAUGGAACCAAGUGCUGGACGGCCCAUGGACUACCAGGUCAGCGUCACGGUGAUCGAGGCUCGGCAGCUGGUGGGCUUGAACAUGGACCCUGUUGUUUGCGUGGAGGUGGGAGAUGACAAGAAGUACACAUCCAUGAAGGAGUCCACUAACUGCCCCUACUACAAUGAGUACUUCGUCUUCGACUUCCACGUCUCUCCUGACGUCAUGUUUGACAAGAUCAUCAAGAUUUCGGUGAUUCACUCCAAGAACCUGCUGCGCAGUGGCACCCUGGUGGGCUCCUUCAAAAUGGAUGUGGGGACCGUGUACUCCCAGCCUGAGCACCAGUUCCAUCACAAGUGGGCCAUCCUGUCGGACCCUGAUGACAUCUCUGCUGGGCUGAAGGGCUACGUGAAGUGUGAUGUCGCAGUGGUGGGCAAGGGGGACAACAUCAAGACACCCCACAAGGCCAACGAGACAGAUGAGGAUGACAUUGAGGGGAACUUGCUGCUCCCGGAAGGGGUUCCCCCAGAACGCCAGUGGGCCCGGUUCUAUGUGAAAAUCUACCGCGCGGAGGGGCUACCUCGAAUGAAUACAAGUCUCAUGGCCAACGUGAAGAAGGCUUUCAUCGGCGAAAACAAAGACCUCGUCGACCCCUACGUGCAGGUCUCCUUUGCCGGCCAGAAGGGCAAGACUUCCGUGCAGAAAAGCAGCUAUGAGCCCCUGUGGAAUGAGCAGGUCGUCUUUACAGACCUGUUCCCUCCGCUCUGCAAACGCGUGAAGGUGCAGAUCCGGGACUCUGACAAGGUCAACGAUGUGGCCAUCGGUACCCACCUCAUCGACCUGCGCAAGAUUUCCAAUGAUGGAGACAAAGGCUUCCUGCCCACACUGGGCCCAGCCUGGGUGAACAUGUACGGCUCCACACGCAACUACACGCUGCUGGACGAGCACCAGGACCUCAAUGAGGGCCUGGGGGAAGGUGUGUCCUUCCGUGCCCGCCUCAUGCUGGGCCUGGCGGUGGAGAUACUGGACACCUCCAACCCUGAGCUCACCAGCUCCACAGAGGUGCAGGUGGAGCAGGCCACGCCUGUCUCAGAGAGCUGCACAGGGAAGGUGGAAGAAUUCUUUCUAUUUGGAGCCUUCCUAGAAGCUUCAAUGAUAGAUAGGAAAAAUGGGGACAAGCCAAUCACUUUUGAGGUGACCAUAGGAAACUAUGGGAAUGAAGUUGAUGGCCUGUCACGACCCCGGCGGCCUCGGCCUCGGAAGGAGCUGGGGGACGAGGAAGAAGUAGACCUGAUCCAGAACUCUAGUGACGAUGAGGGUGACAAUGAUGGAGACCUAGCCUCAGUGUCCUCCACCCCACCCAUGCGGCCCCAGAUCACAGAUAGGAACUACUUCCACCUGCCCUACCUGGAGCGUAAGCCCUGCAUCUACAUCAAGAGCUGGUGGCCCGACCAACGCCGUCGCCUCUACAACGCCAACAUCAUGGAUCACAUUGCUGACAAGCUGGAAGAAGGCCUAAAUGACGUGCAGGAGAUGAUCAAAACAGAGAAGUCCUACCCCGAGCGCCGUUUGCGGGGCGUGCUGGAAGAGCUCAGCUGUGGCUGCCAUCGCUUCCUCUCCCUUGCUGACAAGGACCAGGGCCACUCAUCCCGCACGAGGCUGGACCGGGAGCGACUCAAAUCCUGCAUGAGGGAGCUGGACAGCAUGGGACAGCAAGCCAAGAGCCUCCGGGCUCAGGUGAAGCGGCAUACCGUACGAGACAAGCUCAGACUGUGCCAGAACUUCCUGCAGAAGCUUCGCUUCCUGGCAGAUGAGCCCCAGCACAGCAUCCCCGAUGUCUUCAUCUGGAUGAUGAGCAAUAAUAAGCGCAUUGCUUAUGCCAGGGUGCCCUCCAAGGACCUGCUCUUCUCCAUUGUGGAGGAGGAGCUGGGCAAGGACUGCGGCAAGGUCAAGACCCUCUUCCUCAAGCUGCCAGGGAAGCGGGGCUUCGGCUCAGCGGGUUGGACCGUGCAAGCCAAGCUGGAGCUCUACCUGUGGCUGGGCCUCAGCAAACAGCGAAAGGAUUUCCUGUGUGGCCUGCCCUGUGGCUUCGAGGAGGUCAAGGCUGCUCAGGGACUUGGCCUGCCCUCCUUCCCACCCAUCAGCCUGGUCUACACCAAGAAGCAGGCCUUCCAGCUCCGAGCCCACAUGUACCAGGCCCGCGGCCUCUUUGCUGCCGACAGCAGUGGCCUCUCUGACCCCUUCGCCCGCGUCUUCUUUAUCAACCAGAGCCAGUGUACCGAGGUAUUGAAUGAGACGCUGUGUCCCACGUGGGAUCAGAUGCUGGUGUUUGACAACCUGGAGCUGUAUGGGGAAGCUCACGAGCUGCGGGACGAUCCCCCCAUCAUUGUCAUCGAAAUUUACGACCAGGACACCAUGGGCAAAACUGACUUCAUGGGCCGGACCUUCGCCAAGCCACUGGUGAAGAUGGCAGAUGAGGCGUACUGCCCACCCCGCUUCCCACCCCAGCUGGAGUACUACCAGAUCUACCGUGGCAAUGCCACAGCAGGAGACCUGCUGGCUGCCUUUGAACUGCUACAGAUUGGGCCAGCAGGGAAGGCUGACCUGCCCCCCAUCAACGGCCCAGUGGACAUGGACCGAGGGCCAAUCAUGCCCGUGCCUGUGGGCAUCCGACCUGUGCUCAGCAAGUACCGCGUGGAGGUCCUGUUCUGGGGCCUGAGGGACCUGAAGCGAGUGAAUCUGGCCCAAGUAGACCGGCCACGGGUGGAUAUUGAGUGUGCAGGGAAAGGGGUGCAGUCAUCCCUGAUCCACAAUUACAAGAAGAACCCCAACUUCAACACCCUGGUCAAGUGGUUUGAAGUGGACCUCCCAGAGAAUGAGCUCCUACACCCGCCCUUGAACAUCCGGGUGGUGGACUGUCGGGCCUUUGGCCGCUACACCCUGGUGGGCUCGCACGCUGUCAGCUCCCUGCGGCGCUUCAUUUACCGGCCCCCAGACCGCUCGGCCCCCAACUGGAACACCACGGUCAGGCUUCUUCAGGGCUGCUAUGUGCUGUGCAAUGGGGGCCCCUCUUCUCACUCCACAGGAGAGGUCGUGGUGAGCAUGGAGCCUGAGGUGCCCGUCAAGAAGCUGGAGACCAUGGUGAAACUGGACGCGACUUCUGAUGCCGUUGUCAAGGUGGACGUGGCUGAGGAGGAGAAGGAGAAGAGAAAAAAGAAGAAGAAGGGCGCCUCGGAAGAGCCAGAGGAGGAAGAGCCAGAUGAGAGCAUGCUAGACUGGUGGUCCAUGUACUUUUCCUCCGUCGACACCAUGAAGGAGCAUCUUCGGCAACAAGAGACCUCAGGAAUUGACUUGGAAGAGAAGGAGGAAAUGGACCACACAGAGGGCAUGAAGGGGCCAGUGAAGGCCAAGGACAAGGCAAGGGCUGCAAAGGAAGAGAAAAAGAAGAGAACUCAGAGCCUCGGCCCCGGCCAAGGCUCUGAGGCCACUGAGAAGAAGAAACCCAAGAUUGAUGAGCUUAAGGUGUACCCCAAGGAGCUGGAGUCAGAGUUCGACAACUUUGAAGACUGGCUGCACACCUUCAGCCUGCUUCGGGGCAAGACGGGGGAUGAUGAAGAUGGCUCAGCUGAGGAGGAGCGCAUCGUGGGCCGGUUCAAGGGCUCCCUCUGUGUGUACAAAGUGCCACUCCCAGAGGAUGUGUCCAGGGAAGCUGGUUAUGAUCCAACCUACGGCAUGUUCCAGGGCAUCCCAAGCAAUGACCCCAUUAAUGUGCUGGUCCGAAUCUACGUGGUCCGGGCGACAGACCUACACCCCGCUGAUAUCAAUGGCAAAGCUGACCCAUACAUCGCCAUCAGGCUAGGCAAGACAGACAUCCGUGACAAGGAGAAUUACAUCUCCAAGCAGCUCAAUCCGGUGUUUGGGAAAUCCUUUGACAUUGAGGCCUCCUUUCCCAUGGAAUCCAUGCUGACGGUGGCCGUGUAUGACUGGGAUCUGGUAGGCACCGAUGACCUCAUUGGGGAAACCAAGAUCGACCUGGAGAACCGCUUCUACAGCAAGCACCGCGCCACCUGCGGCAUCGCCCAGACCUACUCCACACAUGGCUAUAAUAUCUGGAGGGACCCCAUGAAGCCCAGCCAGAUCCUGACCCGCCUCUGCAAAGAGGGCAAAGUGGAUGGCCCCCACUUUGGACCCCCCGGGAGAGUGAAAGUGGCCAACCGUGUCUUCACUGGGCCCUCUGAGAUCGAGGAUGAGAAUGGUCAAAGGAAGCCCACGGACGAGCACGUGGCACUGUCUGCCCUGAAGCACUGGGAGGACAUCCCCCGAGUGGGCUGCCGCCUGGUGCCAGAACACGUGGAGACCAGGCCACUGCUCAACCCUGACAAGCCGGGCAUCGAGCAGGGCCGCCUGGAGCUGUGGGUGGACAUGUUCCCCAUGGACAUGCCAGCCCCUGGGACACCUCUGGAUAUCUCCCCAAGGAAGCCCAAGAAGUAUGAGCUGCGUGUCAUCGUGUGGAACACGGAUGAGGUGGUCCUGGAGGACGAUGACUUCUUCACUGGAGAGAAGUCCAGUGACAUUUUCGUGCGGGGGUGGCUGAAGGGCCAGCAGGAAGACAAGCAGGACACAGAUGUCCACUACCACUCCCUCACUGGUGAGGGCAACUUCAACUGGCGCUACCUGUUCCCCUUCGACUACCUGGCAGCCGAAGAGAAGAUUGUCAUCUCCAAGAAGGAGUCCAUGUUCUCCUGGGAUGAGACAGAGUACAAGAUCCCUGCGCGCCUCACCCUGCAGAUCUGGGAUGCUGACCACUUCUCCGCAGAUGACUUCUUGGGGGCCAUUGAGCUGGACCUGAACCGGUUCCCAAGGGGCGCAAAGACAGCCAAGCAGUGCACCAUAGAGAUGGCCACCGGGGAGGUGGAUGUGCCCCUGGUUUCCAUCUUCAAGCAGAAGCGCGUCAAAGGCUGGUGGCCCCUCCUGGCUCGCAAUGAGAAUGAUGAGUUUGAGCUCACGGGCAAGGUGGAGGCCGAGCUGCACUUACUGACAGCAGAAGAGGCAGAAAAGAAUCCCGUGGGCCUAGCCCGCAAUGAACCUGACCCCCUAGAGAAACCCAACCGGCCUGACACAGCCUUCGUGUGGUUCCUCAACCCUCUCAAAUCCAUCAAGUACCUCAUCUGCACCCGGUACAAGUGGCUCAUCAUCAAGAUUGUGCUGGCUCUGCUAGGGCUGCUCAUGCUGGCCCUCUUCCUCUACAGCCUCCCCGGCUACAUGGUCAAGAAGCUCCUAGGGGCGUGAAGCCCCUCCGCCACCUCUAGCUCCUCUCCAGGGCCUGCUGCUUUUGCCUUCCUAUGGCCUGAACUCUUUCCCAACUCACCU